AUGCUAAUCAUAACUGAGUGUCAGAUGGAUUUUUUGCCUUCGAUCGAAAAUCUUUCAACCUUAAAAUACUUGGAGUUAUCUUAUAAUUACUUAUCGUAUUUUCCUAAUGAUAUAGGUUCAUUGCGAAUGCUUAAUGUACUCAAGCUGCCUGGCAAUAAAAUCACUAAUAUCCCAUCUGAAAUAGUCUACCUUGAGUUCCUACAAGUGCUCGACCUAAGCCAGAAUAUGAUUUCACACCUUCCCAGGGAGCUUUUCACUCUUCGCAGCCUCAUUUAUUUUGACUGCAGUUUUAACACCUUGUUCAGACUUCCAGAUAACAUUUCUGAACUCUUGCACUUAGAGGUACUCUUUUUGUGUGGAAAUAUGCUCACGACCCUGCCUAAUACCUUUUCUUUGCUUAAACGCCUGCAACGCUUAAACGUAAGCAGCAACCGCUUCGAAUAUAUUCCGUUUUGUAUUUUUAAUUGCUUGUCAUUGAAGGAACUCUUGUUUUCCUAUAAUCAAGCAUCAGGCUUCAUACCUGACAAUCUUUGCCGACUAAGUGACCUGGAGAUCUUAUCCUUGGCAUUCAACAAAUUCACAAAGCUACCUGGGAAACUAUCAAACCUUUCAAAGUUAGAGUUCCUUGACAUUAAGGGUAACAGCAUUGGUCGUAUUCCAGACGAAAUAUUCAGUAGAUGCAAAAGUCUGAAGUUUAUCAAUUUUGGAUCCUGUGAACUUCAUCAAGUCCCUCCAAACUUGGGUCUGUGCACGAACCUGCGGGUGCUUGACCUUUCAAGUAACGUGCUCACGUCCAUACCCUCUGAUGGAACGAAUCUGAAGAGUCUUGUUUCGCUCUUCUUGAAAAAUAAUAAAAUCUCGACACUUCCGAAUUGGAUUUGUGAAUUAGAGCAUUUGAUUGCCAUAUCUGUGUGUAAAAACCAUCUUCAUGACUUACCAAAUAAUUUUUCAAAGAUAUCAGAAAGGCUUCGUGUGAUUAAUUUAUCACACAAUGAGUUUGAGGUACUUCCUUCCUGCUUGUUCUCAAAAAACGCUAAACUUAUCUACUUUCUUAUGGAUCAUAAUCCUAUCCUCCAAAUCCCACCGGAAAUAUGCAAUCUACGGUUCUUAACUCAUCUUUCAAUUUCGCAUUGCCCCUACAUUUUUGAGUUGCCCGAUGAAUUGGGGGGACUGACGAAGUUGCGCGCCCUCAGACUUUGUUCGAAUAGUCUCUUGAAAUUGCCACGAACCAUGCAUCGCCUCGGAAACCUCAACUACCUCGAUUUAUCUGACAACAAGUUUUCCCACUUCCCCAUCAUCAUUUGUUACAUACCGCACCUAAAAGUUCUACUAUACAAUAAUUGCUGCCACGCAUGCACCUAUCUGGAACCCGAUCCACCUGGUUGGUUUGAUAGAACAGAUUUUAUAGAUCCAAACGCAUCUAUGGAAAAGUUGGGAAAAAAUUACAUCGAUGAAAUAGAGUUGCUGGCGUCGGAAGAUGAGAAGCUGCCUACUUUGGAAGAAGCUCUCGAAUUUGAGGAAAAAGCUUUACGAGUGCCCAAAAUAAAGCACGAAGAAAUUUCAAAUCUUGUCUUUAAGCGCAAACCACACAGAAUUCCUAAGCUCAUUUAUUGCUUAAAGUUUCUAGUGCAUUUUUCACUACAAAAUAAUGGUCUUUACUUUCUGCCUAAUGUAUUUAACAGAUUUAAGUACUUAAAACGCCUCUACCUGAAUGACAAUAACAUAAGAAAAAUUCCAGCAUCUAUUGUUGCCUGCAAAACGCUGACUGAUAUCGACUUAAGAAACAACAAACUGACGGAGAUUAAUGGUGAACUGCAUAGACUUCCCAAUCUUAAAUACCUUGGACUUGAAGGGAAUAACUUUCCACCGUGCCUGUGUGAAGUCGUUAAGCAUUCUGACUUAAAAGGCUUAUGUGCAUACCUCGACGCAUCGAAUCACAAUAUGGGUGAGUUGGCUUUAUACUGUUCCGUCAUGCAUCUUGCGUUAUCUAAGUACGAUGUGAGGGAAGGGAAGGAGUAA